GGAAAAGUACUAGGUUGAAAAAGCUACAUAGUGCUGCUUAAAGAGUUUCACAUCCUAUUUUUGUACAUAUUUGCAGCUAAACUUCCUGUUGCUCCACUCUUGGUUGAAAAUCCUUGAAUUUGAUCCUGAACAGAAUAAUCCAAUGUUUGUGUAUUGUCUGCUGGUUUUUAGAAGUCCAUUAAUCGUUUCUAUAGAGUUACCAAACUAAACACAGACUGAUGGUAUCAGGAAGUCUGUUGAUACUGAUGUCACUGCUCCAAUAAUUGUCCCCCAUGAUAAAAGAUCAUCGCUGCAUGAUAGAGAGGAUUAACUGUUUUUAUCUGGGAUUAAAGACUGCCCCCAUCUAGGUUUCCUAAUGGGUGCCGGUUUAUAUUCAAAGCUUAAGACCUUCUAAAAGCACUCCAUCCAUCCAUCCUGGUCGAGCUUUACUUCAGGCUGGAGAGAGAAGCUUGCUCGCAAGUUUGUACGCAAGUAGAUUGCACUAUGACUGAGAUUUUAAUACUUGUUCUAAAGAAGUAUGCAUUGAUAUUUGUAUCUUAUUAAGAAGAAUAUACAGAUGAACAUUGUAGGAGAUGACGUCUGUGGAGGACAAAAUGGAGUCAGUUUCAGGGGAACAGGAUCAGUUGUUUUCCCUCGUUUGUAACGCUCAGCGUGGAAGAUUAGAUGAACAGCGAUGCACAUUGGGUUCAACUAAACCUCAACAACUUCAUCCCAACAGCCCAGGUCAGAUGUCUUUGUCAUUUUGAUGGCGAUGACUUUUUUCAGUACCUGGUCAAGAGUCAGAGCCAACGAUUAGAUGACCAACGAGUGACGCUUAGUUCACUGCCAGGGAUGGAGGCAUUCACCAUGAGAGAUCCGAAAGACAGAAAUGCACUGAAGACAAACUUUGAUCAGUUUUGCAACAUGGUCAGCAGAGCUCAUAGUUUCAGGAAACAGAUCCCUCCCAAAAACACCCUUUCCCCCGAAGCCCCGGACUCUGUGAGAAGAGCGAGCUACAAUCCCCAGACUCCUGCUGAUUCAGACACUUACAACACGCUCACAACCAGAUCAGCCUCAUUCAACCCCAUAUCAGACAAGGACAGAAUGGAACGUUUUCAAGGUGAGCAGGACCAGAUGUUGUGUCUAGUUAGUCAAGCACAACGUGGACGUAUGGAUGAUCAGCGCUGCUCCAUUAACCCCUUAUCGCCUUCACCCAGACAUAUGGAUAACAGCCAGUCAGAUCAAGAUGUGGAGAAUUUCUUUAAACUCAUUUCUAACACCCAAAAUCGACGGUUCGAUGACCAGCGGGUGACACUUAAGCCGUUGUCAGGAAAACAAACACCUUCUGGGAUGACAGCUGAGGAAUCAGAUCAACUCUUCAACAUGGUCUCCAGAAUACAGGGCUCUCGGAUGGAUGAUCAGAGCUGCUCUGCUCCCAAAAUCCAACUGGGGUCUCCUGCCCCCCCAAGGAAGUCUUAUUCUCAACCUGUAUCCCCGACUAACCCUCCCAGGAGAUCAGGAUCAUUCAGUCCUUCCUCUGAGGUACAAAAUUGUAUCGAUCAGGACCAGUUUUUUUCCCUGGUGUAUAAUUCCCAGCAUCGGCGAAUGGAUGACCAGCGGUGCUCAUUUGAUCCCUUUAAAAAACCUUCCCCCUCUCCAAAUACCCCGAACGCUAAUCCCACAGCGGAAGAUGCGGAGGACCUUUGCAAUCUACUGGCCAACUUUCAAAGAGGACGACUGGAUGAUCAACGUGUGACACUUGGCUCAUUGCCAGGCCUCCAGCCCUCCAGAAUAGAGACAAAGAGAGAGAGGAAUAAAGCAGCCCCCCAAAUCAUGCUGACCCCCGCGUCACCUGCUGCACCAAAAAAAGUGUGUCCCAGUCCGUCCUGUCCCUCUCUGCCCGUCUGUGACUCGGACACACCUGGCAGGCCUCCCGCCAGAUCGCCCUCAUUAUGCCCAGCGUCGGAUAGGGAGAGAUUACCGUAUGAUGACAUGUCGGCGCAGAUAUCAUUUCAAAUUUCCAUGCGCUUCCCUCCACAUCAGGUAAGUGCAGUAAAUGACCAUGAAUCGUGUUUUUCAGAAUGAAAGAAUUUUAAGUGAAAAGUUUUUAAAUGUGUGAAACAAAUGAAUGUCUUCACAAAGGCAGCAUGAAAUGAAGAUUUACCAUAUCUAUAUUCUAAAUGCAGUAAUUGAUCUCACUG